AAUCUGCAAAACAAAAUACAUUUAAACCAUUAUGAGUUCAGUACUUCAAAAUUCUACCUUGGUAGUCAGCAGAAGGCCUUGACAGAAGGCUCCUUGACUAACUUAUGUGAUUAGAGGUCAUGAUGCGGCAAGUUUCUGACCAAGGCUUCCACAAUGGAAUUCCUCUGGGAGACAGUUAUUGUACAGCAGUGAAUUUGAUUGGGAGCCAGGAGAAAGGGAAGAGAGCAAUCUGGGUCAAUGGCCUGGGCCUCCUCCAACCACUACAUAUACAGGGGAGAGCAUUUCUCUUUUUCAGUUCAAGUUGUUCCUCAAGACAGUCAGGAUGAAAUUAAUCGUGACUUUGUGUCUUCUUUAUGGGAUUUGCUGGAACUUCUGUAGAGCAGCAACAUUUAAAGGUAUAAGUGAAUCUGAAAUUGAAGCUGAUCAGAAAUCCCCACGAGCAACGGGAGAUAGCAACCAAACAAACAAUAUGAAUGUAGGAUUUGUUCCACUGAUCAGCAUCAUAGCAAACCUAUUACCAAGGUUUUUUACCAGAUAUGCAACAGUGCCUCAAGCAACUGUGCAGCAAGCUCGUUCCAUAAAUGUUCAAAAUGAAGAGCCAAUUGAGUGUCACAAGUCUGAACAGGUUGGACUAAAAUGGAUGGAUCAUUUGUCACCAUCAACUUUCUACCAAUGCCACUUCUCCAAAAAUUGCUUCAACAGUCACCAGGGAUCAUGCUUUCAACUGAGAAAGCAUGUUUGCAAACGAAGUCAAAUCUACGAUACAGAAAGUCAGAAAUGCGUCCCACCAUAUUUCAGAACUUAAAUUGAACAGCUCAUGUAUUGUGAAUCAUGCCUAUGUAUCUUGUACUGUAGGUAUAAUGUUAGCUAUUUCUAUGAAUUUUGUAUAUGAGAUUUAUGCAUUUAAUUAUUUGACUGACACCUGUAGACCACAACAUCUUAAUUUGAAUUAUCAUUUCAAUACACUUUUCUUCACUUUAGUUGUGCCCAUGCUUGUAUUUCCUGCCAUGA